GGACGGGAGAGGUUUCUAAGGCAGCAGAGGGUAUCAAUCCAAUGAGAGAAGCCGAAAUGUUGCCAUCACCAAGGCUGCUCACUAGCCAUCUUUCUUAUGAUGUAAUGCCAGAAUCUGUACGUCAAGGCAUAUGUAAGGUGGUGGUUGUCCUGAGAAACCCCAAAUCCUUAUUUAACAGCACUUUCCAGUAUGAAAUGCUCCUCCCAGAGGAAUUUCAAGAAGUUCAAACAUUUGAUGAAUAUCUUGAUAGUCAACUGACAGAAGUACAAGAUAAAAUAACUUUUGGUACAUGGUUGAAUCAUGUUAGUGGUUGGUGGCGAAACAGAGAAAAGAUGAAAGGAAACAUCCACUUUAUCCAUUAUGAAGAUAUGAUACAGGACAUGUCAAAAGUAGUGGCAGACCUUGCUAAAUUUCUCAACAAAAAUCUCUCACAAGAAGCUAUCAAUACAGCAACUGAGUAUCUGCAGUAUGGAAACAUGAAAACAAAUCCUAAGACUGGUAAUGCAUUUGAAAAUGUUACUGUAUAUCCUGACACAGACACUAACAGACAGCAGAUGUUUCAAGCUUCCCAUAUGCGUAAAGGUGCCAUUGAUGACUGGAAAAACAACCUGACUGUUGCCCAAAGUGAGAGAAUUGAUGAAUACCUUUAUCCAAGAUUAGAGAAAAUUGAUUUGAAAUUUCAAUAUGAAUAGAUAGACUGCUGAAAAAUAUUGACAUUUUCUGAUCUGUUCGGUUCAGUGAGACAAUGUCAUUUGGACACACAUGUACUAUUAUCAUCGAAAAGUUUUCAGUCAUACUCUAAUGUGUUCAAUAUAUUUGUUUGGGUGAUCAAGAAAUUCCAGUAAUA